GCUCCCAACACCCAACGACCAACGUUCAGCAAUGGUCUCUGCCGACAAUCUCAACUUCGAUGUCCUCGAACUCAUGUUCUCGUACCUGUCUGGUUAUGAUCUUGCAUCCAUCGCUCAAGUUAGUCGGUCAUUUCUGGCAGGCGUCAUUCCCCGCCUGUACAAGAUCAUCGUAUACCGUAUGAGCCAUGCGAAGCUAUAUUCACAGGUUAUGUCGCCAUUUGCAGUUAUCUUGGCCCAUCCGAACCUCGCUAUCCAUGUCCGAAGGGUCGAGAUUCGCUACGUACCCCGGCUAGAGUCAAAUCUCAAGACACAGCCUCAUCCCCGGUUCUUACUUGAAUGUGCAAAAGUCCUCACAUCUGCUGUUAACCUCCAAACCUUCACCUGCACUCCCCAAGAGAUUCUUCCUUCAUUUCUUUCUUCAUUGCCGAAUAAGGAACGUCUCACAACCCUUCGAAUCAACGCCCACUUGACAACGGACCAGACGGAGCUUUUGACGUCGAUAACAGGGCUGAAGAGCUUGACGCUGGAGAACGCGUCUUGGAUAGUGGUGGACUCGUUGCCAAAGUGGGCGGAGAAAUUGCAGGAGACCCUGACGCAUCUCACCAUACACCUCGCGCACGAUCUCAAUGAUCAAGUCCUGCAAGGGACCUUGUCGCACCUUCCAAAGCUUCGCGGCCUCCAUGUCAUCGGAUGUUCCCCCGUCGACCAUGUCGAUAUCAUUCGCGCUACUUCGCAUACACCUCUUCUAGAGAGCUUAGCCAUGUCUACGGCAGACAAUCACCGCCAGCUUCCAGGCUAUGUCCCAGCGCUCACCCACCUCCGUCAUCUCGCCCUCGACUCCGAUAAUCAUACCCGAAAUGCAUCGGCUGCCGUAGGAGCACUCUGGUCUGCCAUAUUCUCAACAAUGAACCUAGCUGCCUCGCCCAUCUCUUCAGUCGCCCUUAGACCAUGCAUGCGUAUGUCAUGCGAAAGUGUCAUCAAGGACCUGCUGAAGGCGCACGCGAAUACACUACGGUUUAUAAGCCUUCUGAAUUGUACUGUGGACAACAAGCAAGUGGGGGAUAUUGCUCAGAAGUGUGUGCAGCUGGAGAGGCUAAGCUUGCCAAUCAUGGAGGCAGUGGAUCUGAGAGGUUUCCGUCUGGCUCUCGCCAAGUCUAGUUCGGUCCAUACGGUUGUCGAUGUAGGUGAUGCGCAUUCUGUCCAUGGGCCACGCAAAGUCCUCCGUACAGAUUUCGUUCGGAAAACAAUGGAGGCGGUGCCUUCGUUGCGCAAGGUUGUGUCCGAGAAUAAAUACUGGACGGGAAAAUCGACCCCAGACGGGGCAAACGUUCAUCUGGAAAAGAAAACGCCACAGACCACGUCGUUCUGGUUCUUACCGCCCGCUCUUGUGCUCGAAGCCUAAUUCUAUUUCAACUUUACAUUCCACAUAGUUCCAUAUGCCGUGUUUCCUUGAUGCUGUUGUUACUUUAUGAUACCUUUUUGACCGUGUAUUGCCGUGAGCCAUUCAAUCUGUAGCAAAACCGCAUGCAAUUGUCGUAUGUCACUGACCAAAGCCUU